AUGAAGUUCUCAAGUAUUCAUAUUAGCAUUUGGUUUAUUUUCAUCCAACCACUCUUUCUUCUCUUUCUUUUUAGCUCUGCCUCCUCCUCGCGUUUAGCGGGAAAUGAGGUGGAUAGGCUUUCCUUGCUUGCCUUCAAAGCUGAAAUCGUGACCGAUACCCUGGGCAUCCUUAGCUCUUGGAAUGAGUCUCUCCACUUUUGUCAUUGGCCAGGCAUCACUUGUGGCCGGAGACACCAAAGGGUUACGGUGCUCGACCUCCCUACAAGCGGGCUGGUAGGCCACCUAUCCCCCCACAUUGGAAACUUGAGCUUUCUGCGGAUUUUAAGCCUCCCAAACAAUAGCUUCAGCCACACCAUCCCUCCAGAAAUUGGUCGUUUGUUCCGCUUGGAAGCACUAGUCCUUAAUAACAACUCCUUCAGUGGUCAUAUCCCAUUCAACAUAUCACGUUGCUCUAACCUCCAGUCCCUUGGCUUAUUUGGCAACACUCUUAGUGGCGAACUUCCAACUGAAAUUGCCUUAUUGUCCAAGCUUCAAGUACUUGAUUUUGGCGUGAACAACUUUCAUGGGAAAAUCCCAACUUCUUUUGGGAAUCUUUCUUCUCUUCAGAAGCUAGCUGCAUCUGGAAAUAGUCUGCAUGGAGGUAUUCCAAAUAGCCUUGGCCGGUUGAAAAGCUUAGUGUUUUUCUCAUUGGCUGGCAAUUAUUUGAAUGGUACCAUCCCUCCCUCCAUAUACAACCUCUCGUCAAUUAAAGUCAUUGCAGUGUUUCAAAACAACCUUCAUGGAACUCUUCCUUCUGGCUUGGCCCACACCAUAUUUCCAAACCUCGAAACCUUUGUUUUCCAUACCAACCAAUUCACUGGACCAAUACCAGCUUCAAUCUCCAAUUCCUCAAACCUUUCACUAUUUUCUAUCUCAUCCAAUAAGUUUACUGGGAAAGUGCCUACUCUGGCACGCCUGUCAAAUUUGUAUUGGUUCUCACUUCAGCAAAACAAUCUUGGAAAUAAUGAGGAAGGUGACUUGGAUUUCGUAUCAUCUCUAGUUAAUUGCACCAAAUUAGAAGUUUUAUUUAUCAGCCUCAAUAAUUUUAAAGGAGUGAUACCUGAAUCUAUCGGCAAUCUCUCAACAAAGCUCAGGCAAAUAUAUCUUGGUGGUAAUCAGAUACACGGAAACAUUCCCAUCGGGCUUGGAAAUCUUAUCAACUUGGAGAUAGUAAGCUUUGUUCCAAAUUUGUUGAAAGGCACCAUACCGAGUUCAAUAGGUAAACUGAAUAAGCUUUAUGGCCUAUUUCUAGGUUCGAAUGAAUUGUCAGGUAAUCUUCCAUCAUCUCUAGGAAAUCUAACUUUAUUGAGCAGAUUGAGUCUCAGCUCAAACAAGUUAAAUGGAAGCAUACCACAAAGUCUCGGAGGGUGCAGGUUUAUGUUAUAUUUGGAUCUUUCCCACAACAAUCUUAGCGGUCCAAUUCCAAAACAACUCAGCAAUUUACUUGUUGAGUUGGAUCUAUCUGGAAACCAACUUAUUGAAUCCAUUCCCAUGGAAGUAGGCAACUUACAGCAUCUUGUUUUCAUGAAUGUUUCUGAAAACAAGCUAUCUGGUGAGAUUCCACAAAGCUUAGAGAGUUGCACAAGUUUGACGACUCUGUCUCUGAGAGAAAAUUUAUUGCAGGGGACAAUUCCUAAAUCCUUGAGCUCUUUGAAAGGAAUUGAAUAUUUUGACCUCUCUCGCAACAACUUGUCUGGCAUAAUUCCCAACUACUUGGGGAGUUUCCCCUUCUUGCAGAAUUUGAACCUUUCAUUUAACAAUUUUGAAGGUGCAGUACCAAUCCAAGGAGUUUUUAAGAAUGCAAGUGCGGUAUCUGUUGUGGGAAACACACGGCUUUGUGGAGGUAUACCUCACUUAAGAUUGCCUAAAUGCAUCUCCAAGCAAUCUAAGCGCGGGUGA